CAAGAGUUUGUGUUGUUCUAUUAAACCAGAUGUGUAUCUUUCCAAUAAGACACCAGUAAGUUCCAAUGCUUAACACAUUAUCUUCUCUUUCUGCGUCUCUGUUCUGACAUUUUGCAUGCUUCGUAGUAAUUUCCAAGUUUUGUAUUGUUCGGGGAGCUUUUAACAGCUGUUUCGCACAGUCGCGGCUUAAAAAAGUGGCGCGACAGAUUCGAUCCGAAAUCAACCAGUUUAAUAUAGAUAUACAAAGUUAAUCCCAAUUGUAUUUCUUUAUAGCGAUAGAAUAUCGACAGAAGCUGCAAGAAGCGACUUAUUGGCAUUGUAUUUGUAUACAUGCGACUGUAAGCACAUCUGUCCAGAGUCUAAGUGAUAUACAGGAGUCAUUUGUUGUUAAAUGAGCUUUUUGGCGUUGUCAUAGCGAUGAAGUUUCCAUUUGGUUAGAGCGAGUCAUUCGCAAAGCAUUUGCCGAACAAUAACAACUACGGCCAAAUAUCAGACAAUUUGACCAAUAAAAUUUCUUAAAUAACCUUCACAUAUUUAUUCCUCUGUGUUCCUUAAUACUUUCAAAAGAACUCUGCAAGCGCACAUAUUUUUAUUCAACUGGAAAAAGCUUUUUAAGUAUAUUUUAUACUGGCGCAGUAAUAUAACAAUAAAUAAGUAUGUAUUUUUAGUGUUUCAUGCUGUAGUCUGCGAUAAACAUAUGUAAAAGCACUUCAAAGUAGACGGGAAUUAAUUUCCCUGGGUUUUAUUUUUAAAUCUAACUAAGGAUAUAAAAUGUGUCUAAAGGUUAUACGUGAGAAAGUUUUUUGCUGUUGUGUUAAGGCGGAAAAGAGCGGAUUGAAUGAGGCGUCAUUUUACGAAUAUUCAGAUGCAGCCUCAAAGUACUUUAACGACCAAAUUGGCCAAUUGAGCGAAGGGGUCAGUUUCACCAUUACCGGAACUUUAGCAGUUAACUGCGAGAGGUUCUCCAUCAACCUUGUUCAUAAUAAUGAGAGGCGAGAUGUUGCUCUUCACAUUAAUCCUCGGUUACCACAGAACUAUAUUGUUCGUAACACCAAAGUACAUGACAUAUGGGGCAGCGAGGAAGUCUCAUCGGCAUUGCCCUUUCUCUUAAGUCGCGGUGACAAGUUUUCAAUUCAAGUGCUUGUUACUGAGGCAUGCUAUAUGAUAUCAGUAAAUGGCCAGCAUUUUGCAAGUUACACUCAUCGAAUCCCUUAUAGGGAUAUAUGCAUUCUAGAAGUCAAAGGUGAUGUCAGCAAUGUGGAAAUGCUGCGUACCUUGGUGUUAAACUACCCUGAACGAUUACCGGAGACAACGACAAAAGACAUUGAGCUCCACAUAGAUGAUGAGUUUGAUGAAAUCGACGCCAGCGUCGAGGAGGCUGUCAAAAUACCUCAUGAGUGGUGCCUUAUCAGAGCACCGAUCACACAGUCGGACGGUUCACCAAAGAGUAGCCACAGUUCUAACGAGCUUGGGUUAACCUUACCAUAUUAUGGCACACUGCCGCCAAAUUCAUUGGUCGAAGGCCGAUGCCUAAAGAUUGAAGGGCGAGUGCGCUUGCUGCCACACUCCUUCUACAUAAACUUACAAAAGGGUCAGGAUAUAUGGCCCCAUCCUGUCAUAGCAUUCCACUUAAACCCACGCUUUUCAAAAGCAAGUAGUGGAGCUAUAGGAAAGGCCGUAGUCUGUCGCAAUGCCUGGUUCGAUGGUGGCUGGGCACUAGAGGAACGUUCUGAAUUUGACACAAACUUCCGUCCUGGUCGAACAUUCAGUUUGGCCAUUGUUUGUACAAAAACCGCCUAUGAGGUAUAUGUGGAUCGGCAAUUUAUGACUGAUUUUAAAUAUAAGGUCAGUCCUUCGGUGGUUGAUACCGUCUACAUACAAGGUGAUGUAAAACUGUGGAAUGUAACUCUGGAACAAAAUCACUUGAUUAAAGGCAGGAAAGUACGAGUCUAUCACAAUCCUUUGUGCACUGACGAGUAUUAGCCGUAAGUGGAUUUACUUGUUAUUGUUUUUAUAGUCACUAAGCGACAAUAAUUAACAGCAAGGUUUUAUUAAUAAGCAUUGUGAAAAAAUUAUUUUUAAAUAAAAGUUACUGAAAGAUUUUCUAA